AUGAAUAAUAAUGAUAAUGAUAAUACAUUCUUCUCACAAGAUGUAUUUAGAAAAGUGUUUAAAAGUAAAGUUUUGGUACAAUGUAUCUUUAAACAAGUUAGAAUACAUAGGUUGGAAUAUUUGGGUGAUGGUAGUUUACCUGCUGAUCCAAUGAGAAUGUAUAGAUACAAAGAUAUAAAGAGUGCCAACUGGAUGAUUAGAAAUGGAUAUCUAAGACUACUUAAACACAAGUUGGUACAUCGACAUUUGACAACAUUACUCGAUAGUAAUGAUGCUGCAUUGUUGUGUGAGACGGUGACUGAACAAGACAUUGAUGUAUUUGACUAUAUCUACUUUAAAUAUAGUCAUUUAUUUCUUUGUUAUACUGUCGUUUUGUCGGCUGCUAGUAAUCCAUCAACAUCACACCCACUCAAGUUAAUACUAUCGAGAACACAACAAGACGGUGGUUAUGCAAUGUGGAAUAUCAGUGGCACAUUACGCGCGGCGGGUCAAUCAAUCCCAUGCACUAGCUUUCUUCUCGAUCGAUUGGGGAUGAUCAUGUCUGGCCAACUUCAAGAUCCUCUCUUUUUACACUCGGACAAACUCAGUGCGCGUAACUUGGGGUUGCUCGAUUUGGUUCAUAUAUGGCUAGAGUCUCCUUGUAAUCUCCAAGAGAUGGCCCCUAUAAUGUGUCGUUGGAUCCAACAACUACCCCCCAAUCUACCGUUCAUUCCAAACGUCAUCUUACAACGAUUUCCUAUUCAAAUUGCGCACUUGUCAUCCUAUUACUUCCAUCUACCACUUGAUGUAUUUAAAAUAGUGUUUGAGGAUUCAUUGGGGCGAUCUACGACAAAGAACAACUUGAGUGAAGCACAAUUGGUAAAGUGCACACACCAAUAUCUAUGUUGGUUGGGCACCGUCCCGUUCGGUCACUUAUUUAAUGAUGAUGAUGAGGUACCACCACCACUCCCCGACUAUCAUCAUCAGUCACUCUUUGAAGCACUCAAACAAAUCCAAGUGCUCAUUCAACAACGUGGACCCAACUCCUCGUCACCUCUAACACUAACACUCGGCAACAUUGAAAUGAUAGAAUAUAUCGAAUCAAAACUGGCCAACCAUAGUGGACAAUAUAGAAAGGGUAUCAUGGAGUGUAUGGUGGAUAAGGUCACUGAUGAAAAGGAAUAUAAAUGGGUUUAUGUUAGAUGGAUGGUAGAGUCUGGUAGAAUACUGGAUAUUCGAGAGAAGAACAAAUGGGUACAACGUAUGAUACAAGCUGCCGUAGUGGAACAACGAGAACCCGAAUUAUUGCUACUAUUGUCGGAUCAAAAGGUACGAGACAAUGUCAAUUGGAUGUAUAUUUAUUACCGAGAUUACAACCCCAUCAUCCAAAGAGAGAUUAAAAAAGCCAACCCAACCACACAAUUUGUUACUUGUCCGGAUGAACUACUACUGGACAACAAUGAUAAUAACGAUCAUUAUUACAACCAAGAAUACUAUCAACAAAAUAAUAGGCAAAUGGAAAGAGUAAUCAAUCGUGCCAUACAAGGUGGUCAUUUACAUUUUAUUAAAAAGAUAUACCUCGACUAUGACCCAUCUUUUAAUGAUGAUGCUAGACGGGAUAUCUACAUCAAACAACUCAAUUUCCUCACCAAGGCAGCUCAAUACAACCAAUUUAAAAUUGCAAAGUGGUUGAUCGAAAAGAUUAAAUCUGAUCGAUUUGAAUACAAGCCACUCAAAGUCAAGGCAAUGCAGACAGCAUUAGAGGUGGCAUUGCUUUAUGGACACUCUGAAAUCACUGAUCUAAUCCUGUCACAAGUGCCAAAAGAUUAUAUAUUUUCAUUCAGUUUGCUUCGAGUAGUAGCCAUCUCUGGAAACCUCGAGUUCUUUAGAGCUAUUACCAAAUUUGUUGACAAAGAUUAUACAGACCAACAAAUGCAACCAACAUUGGUAUCAGCAGUACAAAGUGGAUCAAUUGAAUUGGUACAAUAUAUUAUCAAUGAUCUCUUGAAAUGGUGUCCACUAUCAUUUCCAUUCAUCCUCAUCCCCGAUGCCAUUCGAUAUGGUCACUUUGAUAUUGUCAAGUAUUUCCUCGUAUCUAUUCGAUUCACCCCAGAAGAAAUGUCAAACAUUGCUAGAUGUGCUAUAAACUAUAGUCGUUAUCAAGUGAUUGACCAUCUUGUUCAAAAGUGUGGCUAUCAAUUAUCACAAGAUGAUAUUCGCAGAGCUUUUAGCAUUGGAAUUAAAAACGGUGGUAGCCAAACAUCGUUACUCCAAUACAUUAUCAGUUGUCAUGGUCAUUUAUAUCCUUUUAAAUUGUUAGAGAGUGAUAUCAAAAAGAAUGGUAUCUACCAACAUGAUAGCAUUUGCUUUAUAUCUAACAAUAGACAUUUCGAAAAGAUGAAACCAUCUUGA